AUGAACAGCGGCCUGAUCCAGCAGCUUGGCGGCAUGGCUCCUCCCACGGGUAACACCAUGUCUGCGCGAGAGGUUGCUCCUUUUGUCAACAACAGCAGCAACAGCUUCGGCUACAUGGGCUCAGCUACGCCAGCUCUGAUGGCUAGCAACAACGGCAACAGCAACUUCAACUACAUGGGCCUAACUAUGCCAGCUGUUUCCAUGGCCAAUGCCAACAACAACAACAAUGACGACAACUUCAACUACAUGGGCGCAGCUACGCCAGCUCUCAUGGCCAAUACCAAUAACAACUACGUGGGCACGGCCACGUCAGGUAUCGUGACCAAUGACCACAUCAACCACAACCCUAUGGCCAUGCAAGCUUCCGUGGUCGGCAUCGACAACCUGGCUACAGGCGCACCGCCUCCCAUGAGCAGCAACAUGGCUACAAGUUGGCUCCAGCAAAACGUCAACUACAGUGCCAACACCUACGCUGCCAACGCAAACAACAAUAGCUGCAAGUGCAGCUUCAACUGCAACGGCAACGGCAACGGCAACGGCAACAGCAACCUGAACAUGGGAACUGCUUCUAUGCAAGGUCCGGCUCUGGCUCCCACACUCGUGGGUCCCAGCACUCAGACUGGACAGACCAUCCCGGGAAGCCAGAUUUCAAGCUCUAGCAUGCCCUAUCUCGAGAAGCAUCCGAUUUGGCGCUCGAAAUAUUCUCCAAACGUUGCCGUCAAGAUCUACUCCCACCGCCAACAGGAGAUGGCGGAGCAGCUCCGGGCGUACAUGGAACGCAAGGCCAAUGAGCUGAAGCUAGACAAAAGAUACAGCCAUAACCCGGACGCCCUCAAGGCCAAGCUCUGCCGCCUGGAGGCGUACCUGCGGAGGGAGUCUGACAUUGUCCGCGAGCUCGAGUCAUUGCCAGCCCAGGAGAGGUACCUGAGAGAGCUCUAUAUGCCUUGGCAACAGAAGUUCCUGCACUGCCAGGUCUUCCCCUUUGUGCCCUGGGUUGAGGCGAACAGGAGGCGCAAGUCAGCCGCAGCUCGACAGGAGGCUCAGCACGGGACGGAGCAAGUCGCCUCGGCUCAGACUCAGCAAGAGCCGCUUCCCCAACCGCAGGAAGGAGCGUCUACUUCCCCGGAACUUUACCCCAUCACCUCGUGGUCGGACCCCACGACGCUGGAAUCCCAAGACCCUUGUUCACCGGCGCAAGCUGAGUGGGAGGUUCUUCCCCAGCAACAGAGAGAGUUUGUCUCCCCGGAUGAACUCACUCUCAUCUCGCCAUCGGACGUCGUGCAGCAGGAACCUCAACAGCAUGCUCCGAAAGAUGGGCAGGAGAUAGCCGCGAUUCCACCUGCAGGUUUCACGGACGACGAUUUCAUCGAAAAGAUUCUUCUCCUUCAGCAGUGGACUCAGGGUGAGGAGCAGGUUCAGGAGCUGACUCCGGAGUUGAGUUCGGGGCACAGUUCGGAGCAUGAGAAGGAACAGAAUCAGGUCGAGGUUCAGGUCGAGGUUCGGGACGAGUUUCAAGGGCAGACAGAUGAUCAUGAGUUCGGUGACUAG